UAUGAAAAUUUUUGUAUAGACUAUAACAAUUAUGCUUCAACUUCAUUACAGCCUCAACCUUCUGAAACGUUGACUGAUGAGAAUAAUCUUAUUUAUGAGAAUAAUUACACUGACCAAUAUGUCUAUACUUCAACUUCAUUACAAACUGACCAAUAUAUCCAUGCUUCGACUUCAUCACAGACUGACUAUGCUUCAACUUCACCACAGACUGACUAUACUUUGACUUCAUCACAGUUUCCUUUAAUUUUUGUUCCUAAAUAG